AUGGUAUUCAAAGCCCCUUCCUGGGCUCCUGGCCUUACAUCAGGCUCAAUCCCAGAUUCAAUACCAAUAUGCGACUUUAUCUUCAACGAGAAGUACGGGAGACCCUCACUCGAGAGUUCCCGUAGCCCUUUCGUGUGGGCUGUAUCUGAAGAGGGCUAUUCGGCCGUCCAGGUGCGGCAACGCGUUGAUUAUCUCGCCAGAAGCUUUGCCCUUGAGUUUGCAUGGCAUCCCAAUCGUGGUUCUGAAUGGGAGAAGAUCAUAGGCGUCUUUUCACUGAAUACGGUUGACUACCUUCCCCUGGGCUGGGCUGUUCAGAGGCUUUCGGGGAUAGCGACGUUGAUCAACGCCGCUUCCACGGCUGAUGAGCUGGCGUAUCAGCUUAAGGCAUCUAAGGCAUCAGUCCUAUUCACCUGCGUACCACUGCUGGACACGGCGCUGGAGGCUGCUGCAAAAUGCGGAAUCCCACGCUCCCGCAUCUACAUUCUAGAAAUGCCACAGGAGCUAUUAGGUAGCUUAAGGCCUCCAAGUGAUUUCACUUCUUUAAACCAACUCAUCGAGAGGGGCUCUGCGCUUAACGAGUUGGAGCCUUUGAAAUGGAAGAAGGGCCAGGGCGCCAGGCAAUGUGCGUAUCUGUGUUUUUCGAGUGGGACGAGUGGAUUGCCAAAAGGAGUAAUGCUCUCUCAUCUGAAUUUGAUAUCAGAGGUUCUUUUAUUGAGGAGCUUUGAAAGCUACACGCGCACGGCUGAUCAGAAAGAUGUUGCUCUGGGUUUGUUGCCCCAAGGCCAUCUUUUUGGUCUCUCAGUUUUUCACACUGCUGUGUUCCGAGGGGAGUGCGUGGUGGUACUCCAUAAAUUUGAACUUGAGACCCUUCUGGAUGCAAUACACAGAUGCAGGAUAAAUGUUUUAUAUUUGGUCCCCCCCAUAAUUAUAUCUAUGGUGAAGAACGAGGAACUCAUGAGGAGAUUCGAUCUGAGCAGCGUGCGUUCAAUAAUCACCGGUGCAGCUCCUCUCGGCCUGGAAACUGCAGAGCAACUGGGCAAUCUGCAACCCUCCUGGUCAAUUCUUCAAGCCUAUGGACUCACUGAGACCACAGCUGUUGUAACCACUACAAGCCCUCACGACAUUUUCUUCGGUUCAUCAGGAUCAUUACUUCCUUCGCUCGAGGCACGUCUCGUAUCACCCGAUGGAGAUGAGAUUGAAACGUACGAUACGCCCGGCGAACUCCUCUUACGAGGCUCAACCAUUGUGCUCGGGUACCUAAACAAUGAGGAAGCGAAUAAAGCGACCUUCCAAGAUGGAUGGUUACGGACUGGGGACGAGGCGGUUGUACGGAAGAGCCCAAGUGGAGAAGAUCAUAUUUUCAUAGUGGAUAGAAUCAAGGAGUUGAUUAAGGUCAAGGGCUUCCAAGUCGCUCCCGCCGAGCUCGAAGCACAUCUUCUUACCCAUCCGCUCGUGGUAGACACUGCCGUAAUAGGUGUUGUGGAUGAUGAUGGGAGUGAAGCUCCAAAGGCCUAUGUGGUGAAGGCCAAUAGUGCACCAGCUAAUGACCAGGCUCUCGUUCGCGACAUUCUGAAGCAUGUUUCAGACCAUAAGGCUCAUUAUAAGCGGCUGAAAGGGGGGGUUGAGUUUAUUGAUGUUAUCCCGAAGAGUGCUAGCGGGAAGAUAUUGCGGCGCCAUUUGAGGGAUCGAGAUCGCGAGUCAAGGCGGAAGGCUGGUUCGAAGUUGUAA